AUGGACUCCCCCCGCCCCAGCCCCAAACCCACCCUCCUAACCCUCCCCCUCGAACUCCGCCAAAUAAUCUACACCUACCUCUUCACCACCCAACCCAUCACCAUCCAAAAAAAGCCCAUUUCCGCCCAGUGCAGCAUCGACAACCGCCCCCUCCCCCACCACAACCCAGAAGCCAUCAUCACCACCACCCCCACCCCCAACACCAACCCAACCCACGACCUCAAAACCAUCGCCCACCUAGAUUCCCCGGGCUACCCAUCCCCCACCACCCUCGACAAAUCCCACUACCAGCCCAGCUACGCCCUCCUCCUGACCAACCGCCAACUCCACCACGAAACCCAGCACCUCGCCUACAGCGCCCCGCUCUUCCGCACCCAAGAAACCAAGGCGUUCGCCAACUUCACCAGCUGCCUCACCCGCCCCCAGAUCCAAACAAUCCGCCACCUCGCCUUCCUCCUCCCGCUCUCGCAGGGCAUGGAAACGCACGCCGCGGAGUGGCACGAGACCUUCGCAUUAGUCCGCCACGCCUGCCCUCACCUCCGCUCCGUGUCGGUAGAAAUGGCGCUGGCGUUCCCGGCGGCCAGCGGGAAGGAUACGUAUUGGGAUGGGGGGUUAUUGGAGCUGGAUUGGGUGCGGACGCUGAGGGGGAUGCGGGUUAUUGUUUACAGUGGUGAUGUGGCGGAGGUCGAGCAGCAAGAGCCCUUUUUCCUGUAUGAGGCCGGGACGCUGCAUCCGGCUGUAUCGAACAUCCCCAACAAGUCUGCGGCUGCGGCUGCGGCUGCUAAUGCUGCUGGUACUGGCGCUGGUAUUGGUGUCGGUACUGGUACUGGUACUGGUACUACUACUGCAGAUCAGCCGAUAAGUUUCCAUCACGCGCGGGACGCUCUCCGGCGGAGGCUGGCACUCUCCCACCCCAGUCCCGAUGGCAACGAGGACAACUCAGGCCGGCUGUUCUUCCGCACCUCGCCGAAUGUCUUCCCCCUGUAUGUCCGGAAUCUUACGGAGAUGCUGCUCCGGCGGCGGCGAUCGCAUGCCGAGAUCCGCGGGGAGGAUCGCAUGCAGCGGAACGAGAUCUACUACUAUGUGUACCUGAAUGAGAGGCCGUCCGAGCGGGAUCGGGUCUUUGGGUUUCAGUACGGUAGGAGUGUGAAGUUGGAGGAAUGGGAGUUUGAGCGCGCGCUGGAGGGGCUUCGGCGGUCGAGGGAGCGGUUGCGUGUGCGACGGGAGAAUGGGGAGUUGGGCGCUUGGACGCGUCCCGAGCGGGUGGCUGUGAGGGAGAGACAUGGGCUACGUCAGGUUCAGAGCGGGGAGGGUACGGGGUUUGGGAUUGAGAAGCCAGGGGCUUGGAGGAGGCAGCUACUGCUGGAGGCGUCGGCGCCUUUUAUUGAAUCGUUCCCGGAUUGUAUAGCACGGCCGUAUCGGUCCGAGGGGAGGGGCUCUGGUUGA